CAAGACGCUGGAAGUCAACUGUACACUGGAGGAGAAGACAUGCAUUGUGACACAGCAAGGAAGAUGGACCUCGCAGUUCUGUGCUUAGCUGUCCUAGGUAUGAAGUACCCUGUAACAUGUAGCACCUGCUUUGACAUGGACUCUUCACUGAUGCAAGAUAGCGCCAUGACAGAUUAUAUAUUUGACUUCAUGCAGCCUUCCACCAUAUAUGGCUGUUCUUCAGAGUGUCUCAGAUCUUCAACCUGCAAGUCAUUUAACUUCGAUCUAGUGACACGAACCUGCCAACUCAACAGCAACAGCAGCUACCACACCAACGUCGUCUCCAUACAAGACUAUGUCUUCAGUGACAUUGACUUGUGGCCUUCUACUCUCUCUGGUCCAUGUGCAGAGCUCCAAUGUCAGCCUGGAUACCGAUGUAAAGUAAACAGACUGGACCGUCCAGCUUGUCAUCAAGAAUUCCCAGGUUGUGGCUCUCCGCCACCAUUGAUACCAAACAGCGAGGUGGAGUAUGAUGGACAUUACAUUGGAGCCGAGGCUAAGUACACCUGCGCAGACGACUUCCUGUUGUGUCACAAGAACACCACAAACGUGUGUCAGUCAUCGACGGGCAGGUGGGAGGAGCUGACUGACCUGUGUGGACGUUUCAGAUUCCAAAAUGAGGGCGUGGUACAUUUCCCCUGUGGCCAAACAAGUCACUUCACUGCGACUAUCAAAGGAAUGCUCACGGGUGAGAGAAUGCAAAUAUCGGUUCGAUCCGAUGGAGGCACAAAUGCUACAUUCCAUGUGAACUUUAAAGUCGACACAAACUCAAUCUCUUACAAUACACUUUUCGGGGCCUGGGGCCCUGCAUUGAAUGUGUCACAUAUGACUGUUACGCCCAACACGGAAUUUAACAUUAAAGUCCAACUCAAGGAAAGGGUUUACACGAUGGAGAUAGAUGGUGUUGCUUUCCCGCCUUUCCCGGAGAGGCAGGCUAACAGUCAACCCGACCUAAUGUACAUACGCAGCGACGUCCAGGUGGGCACUGUUGUCGUUCAAAUAUGAUGCUUCAAUGACGUCCUUCCCAAGGGCAGUGCCUCGUGUAUACGAUGUGAUCUCGUACAUAAUGUCUCAUCCAUUACACCGCCGAGGGACGAUAUAUACUGAAAGUGUGAUAAUCGUCAAUCAGUUCAAGGCUAGGAGUGGUGUUCCAGGUCGAUCGAACGGCAGCACUGCGAUAAUCCAUACGCUUGUUGACAAACAAUCAUUGUGAUGACUUUGUCAAGAUCACAAGUAGUGUAAUGUCUGUUUUAUCUUAUUUUGAGUACCGGUGUGACAGGUUUGGAGUGAGGACUUGCGAGCAAGAGCAGUGAUGUAAGCGGUGAGCGAUUGUUUGUGUCGAAGGUGUGCAGUAUGAGAGACCAUUGUAUGUAUCUGGGUAGUAAGCUUGGGGUCAAUCAAGCAGCUUGGGGGUAUAUAAGGACUGAUUUGAAAGUUGUGAGUUGGCAACCAGUUGGACAGUGUAUGUGUGUGUCAGGUUGGCUGUUUUUCCUGUAUAUUCAACUGGUGUGAGUAUUAUAAUUUUAUGUUAUGUAUUAGUGAGAAUAGGUCAAUGAAUUGUUUGUAUAUGUAUUGAGAUUUGAUGGCAUUUCACCUUAAAAUAUGUAACUUUAACUUAGGUGAAAUAUAUGUAUUAGUAUUGUUGAGGUUAGUAAUAUGAUGGAAUUGUGAUUUAUAUGAAAGCAUUUGGGAAUGCCCCUAAGCUAGUAUACUGGCGUAAUAAUAUUCAGUCAGCAUUCAUGUGUAAUGUAUACUAGGCACAUAAAGAAACUGUGCAUACAAAAAUUAAAAUCUAAAUUUAUCA